GAGAAGAAAAUAGGAGAAAGCAUGUUAGAUUUUACUGCUAGAAUUUCCUUAUUUUAGUUGUAAUGUCAGUCUGUAUAAAUUCUUAAUAAUUUCUUACUGCCUUUUUAGUAGCUCACAGCCACGCAGUGAUGACACUUUUGACACUUGUGAACUCUGAAUAAAUACUCUCUCUAUCUCCCUCUCUGCCCACCACAUUCCCCUCUGCAAAACCUUAUUGUAAAGUUUUUUUUUCUGGGUUCUUGAUUUCAAGGAUUACAGAAUCAAGAAUGGCAAGUUGUUCAGCUUCUCAAAAUGGGUUUUCAAUGCUGGGUUUGGUUUGUUUGUUGGUAAUGUGUUUGAGCAUUGAGUUGAUCCAGUGUAGUGUGACUUAUGAUAGCAAAGCAAUUGUUAUUAAUGGCCAAAGAAGAAUUCUUUUUUCUGGUUCAAUUCAUUAUCCCAGAAGUACCCCUGAUAUGUGGGAAGAUCUGAUACAGAAGGCUAAAGAUGGAGGAGUUGAUGUGAUUGAGACUUAUGUUUUCUGGAAUGUGCAUGAGCCUACCCGUGGAAAGUACAUUUUUGAAGGGAGAUAUGAUCUGGUGAGAUUCAUAAAGUUAGUUCAGAAAGCAGGCUUGUAUGCUAAUCUUCGCAUUGGACCUUAUGUGUGUGCAGAGUGGAAUUUUGGAGGGUUUCCUGUUUGGUUAAAGUAUGUUCCAGGCAUCAGCUUUAGAACAGACAAUGAGCCUUUCAAGAGAGAAAUGCAACGUUUUACUGAGAAAAUUGUUGGAUUGAUGAAGAGUGAGAACUUGUUCGAGUCCCAGGGUGGCCCUAUUAUACUAUCUCAGAUCGAGAAUGAGUACGGUUCACAAAGUAAGGCACUUGGUGCUGCUGGAUAUAAUUAUAUGACCUGGGCAGCAAAUAUGGCCGUUCAAACAGGAACUGGGGUACCUUGGGUGAUGUGCAAAGAAGAAGAUGCCCCAGAUCCAGUGAUAAAUUCUUGCAAUGGAUUUUAUUGUGAUGCAUUCUCUCCCAACAAACCUUACAAGCCUACCAUCUGGACUGAGGCUUGGAGUGGAUGGUUUUCUGAGUUCGGUGGUCCAAUUCAUCAGCGUCCAGUUCAAGAUUUGGCAUUUGCAGUUGCUCGAUUCAUUCAAAAAGGAGGAUCCUUCGUUAAUUACUACAUGUACCAUGGAGGAACAAAUUUCGGUCGCAGUGCUGGAGGUCCUUUCAUUACCACCAGUUAUGACUACGAUGCUCCAAUAGAUGAAUAUGGCUUAAUCAGGCAGCCAAAGUACGGUCAUUUAAAGGAGCUUCAUAGGUCUGUUAAGAUGUGUGAGCGAGCUUUAGUUUCAGCUGAUCCUAUCGUUACACAAUUAGGGAAUUUCCAACAGGCUCAUGUGUACUCUUCAGAGUCCGGAGAUUGUGCAGCUUUUCUUGCAAACUAUGACACAAAGUCUGCUACAAGAGUUAUGUUCAAUAACAUGCACUAUAACUUGCCUCCUUGGUCCAUCAGCAUCCUUCCUGAUUGCAGAAAUGUGGUCUUUAAUACUGCCAAAGUUGGAGUUCAGACAUCUCAAAUGGAAAUGUUGCCAGCAAGUAAUGACAUGCUUGCAUGGCAGAGUUAUGAUGAGGAUCUUUCUUCUCUUGACGACAGUUCGACAUUUACAACUGUUGGUCUCUUGGAGCAGAUUAAUGUCACCAGGGAUGCUAGUGACUAUUUGUGGUACAUUACUAGUGUUGAUAUUGACUCAGCUGAGUCCUUCCUGCAUGGAGGAGAAGUUCCCACUCUUAUUGUUGGAUCAGCAGGCCAUGCUGUUCAUAUCUUUAUUAAUGGAGCACUAUCAGGUUCUGCUUUUGGGACAAGGGAAAACAGGAGGUUCACAUAUAGAGGAAAAAUUAACUUGCGUGCUGGAAGGAACAAAAUUGCUUUGCUGAGUGUCACUGUUGGAUUGCAGAAUGUGGGUGGACACUUCGAAACAUGGAACACUGGGAUCCUAGGUCCAGUUGCACUGCAUGGACUUCGCCAAGGAAAAUGGGAUCUAUCCUGGCAAAAGUGGACAUAUCAGGUUGGUCUGAGAGGGGAAGCCAUGAAUCUAGUUUCUCCAAAUAGUGUUUCAUCUGUUGGAUGGAUGGAAGCAUCAUUACUGGCACAAAGACCGCAACCAUUGACAUGGCAUAAGGCCUAUUUCAAUGCACCUGAUGGAGAUGAGCCACUUGCUUUGGACAUGGAGGGUAUGGGAAAGGGUCAAAUAUGGAUCAACGGGGAGAGCAUUGGCAGAUACUGGACUGCAUAUGCUAAUGGUAAUUGCAAUGGCUGUAGCUAUGCAGGAACAUUCCGUCCCACUAAGUGUCAAGUUGGGUGUGGCCAAGCAACACAGCGAUGGUAUCAUGUGCCCCGAUCAUGGUUGAAGCCAACACAAAAUCUCUUGGUAGUCUUUGAGGAACUUGGAGGGAAUCCAUCAAGAAUUUCACUGGUGAAGAGAUCAAUGAGCAGUGUGUGUGCGGAGGUUGCCGAGUUUCAUCCAACUCUUAAGAAUUGGCACAUUGAGAGCUAUGGAAGAGCAGAAGAGUUCCAUAGCCCCAAGGUUCACCUUCGAUGUAGUCCGGGCCAAUCUAUUUCUUCCAUCAAGUUUGCUAGCUUUGGAACUCCUCUCGGAACUUGUGGGACUUACCAGCAAGGACCUUGCCAUGCUCCCGCUUCGUAUGAUAUCGUACAGAAGAAAUGUAUAGGGAAGGAGAGAUGUAUAGUCACCAUAGCCAACAGUAACUUUGGCCAUGAUCCAUGUCCAAAUGUGUUGAAGAGGUUGUCUGUUGAAGCUGUCUGCUCCCCAACAAAUUGGAGGGGCUGAUUCCAGAAAACAAAUUCAUAAAAUGCUAAUUUAUAUUGCUUAACUACACAGUACCAGCAAAAGAAGUCAGGAAGAAUAUUAAUUAGACAGGUGAUUAAUUUAAUGAAGUAUGUGUAAAUUUAGUGAUUGUUUGUUAGAUUGAGUUGGAAAAUCCCUUAGGUUCCUACAAUUUAGGUCUUAAGGUGAAUUUCAAGCCCCAGUCCUUCAGCCCUUUUAACAUGGUUGGAGGCAGUGGUAGAGUAACGCCACGGUAAGGCGUAAGUCGUCGAUUCAAAUCCGAACAAAAGAUAUUUCUCCGUGUAAUUUUAUUUUAGUGUGUGUAAUCAAUGGGGAUGAGAUCAACCCUAAGUUUGUUCAUGUUAGGAGUGGAUCCUAAUGUCAUCAAUUGUUUAAUUGUGUAGUUCAUUCUAAACUUUAGAGAUGUUUGAUAAGUCGAUGUAUUAUUUAAUAUGAAAUUUCAGUGUUAACUUAA